GGACUAAAAAAAUAUUGGGUAUCUAAUUAAAAAAAAUAUGAAGAUAGUCAUUGAAAGUGCAUUGUUUUUUCUUUUUUGAGAAACAAUUUUAAUCUUGUUUAUGUAAAUUAGUAACGUAAUUUGAAACAGCACUCCUCUAUCUAUGACUCCUUCAACCACAUACGCCCAUAGAAUUAUUGCUCAAACGUCUCUUCAAGUCAAAAGAGGAUUAAUAACUUAGGACUAGGCUGUAUGAACAUUGUUCCUUUUGCGUUCCUUGAAAAGGGAGAAUGUAAAAAAUAAUAAUGUCAUAAUUUUAAUAGUCUGUGGUCAAAAAGUUGAUUUUUAGUGAUAAUUUUGUGCUGCAUCUAAAGAAUUGUAUUAAUCCACAAACUUUAAGUGUCUUUAAAUUAAUUUUUAAAGCCCUUCUCUAAUAAUGGAAACUUCAACUCAAAAAUCGAAGAAAAGGAUGCCUAAAAUUGAGGAGAUGACUAAAGAACAAAUACGUCAAACUAUCAUCAAAAAACGAGAAUGCAACGCCAAAGCCCAAACUAUUGUAGAAAGCCUAUUAGAAAAAUCUAUUACUGAAAACUACUUUCUCCAAUGCUUGCCGGAUAUAAAUCAGUCGCACUUCGAUGAUAUUAUAGAAGAAAGAGCUAUAAUACAGCUAUGUGGUUAUCCUCCAUGUCAAAAAACACUGUCUAUAAAGGAUAUUCCUAAGCAAACAUACAGAAUAUCAUUAAAAACAAAUAAGGUAUAUGACAUUACUACUAGAAAAAGCUUUUGCAGCAACAGUUGUUAUAAAUCUGCCAUCUAUGUGAAACGGCAAAUGCUAACUAGUCCCCUGUGGUUCAGAGAAUAUGAAGAAAUCCCGAAGUUCCAUUUAUUGCCAUAUGGUUCAGUAGGCAGUCUAGGGCAAGAAGUUGACUUGGGUCUAAUAGACAAAGUUGCAGUUAAAUCUGAUAAGUUAUUCACUUGUAUAAACGAUCUGGCUAAUGCUGCUCUAUAUGAAAUGAAUACUGGCGAAAUUAGGAAUACUACCUUUGAAGACUCAAAUAAACUACUUGAAUCAAAUUCAGAGAGUAUGAAUAGUAUUGACAAAAAAGACAACAAAGUGCAGGAAACAGCACCAUUGAGUAAAAGAAAUGACAUUAGUAAAGAAUGCCAGGAAGUUACACCUAUUGUAGGUGAAGUUGAUGUUAAAAGGAAACCUUUGAAAAACCCAUUGAAUAUAGUUGGUGAAAUAUUAGAAAAACCUGAAAGAAAAAUUGAUCCAAUUCUUCAAAAUGUACCUGAAAAAUCCCUCACUAAAGAUAAUGAUAUGCCACGACAUUCCAAGAAAAUCAUAAAAAAGAAACAACCCAAAGUCACCCUAUUGGCUAUUGAAGUUGAAAAGUGUUUGGCCGAAUGGUUUACAUUAGAUACAUUGUUGCUGUUGUAUGGUGAAGAGAAGGUAAAAGAAAUGCUCACUGAUAAAGGUGAAUGUAUAAAAGAAUACCUUAACAAUUAUGCUAAAAGUGUAUUUUACAACUCAAACAAUUAUGAUCAGUACCAAGCUCUAUGUAGAAAAUUAAAUAUAUUAGAACUGGAGGACCGGCGAUUCGACACUCAGACUUUGCAACGAGAAACAAAACCAUUGCCUGAUUAUUCAAUUUUACAAGAGGAAAGUAAAAACAUGCAAUUAAAAGUUAAAGCAUUUCUAGCUGGUGAAACUGAAAUUCCAAAUGUUGUAAAUUCUGAGCAGGAGCAUGAUAAGGCAGCUGAAGAAAACUCGCAGGUCACACAGCUGCCUUUAGUAGACAAACAUGCUCAAAAUGCUUUGAGAAGGAGGAUUGUAUGUGAACACUUGAACAAAGUGUUACCAGACAUACUGAAGUCUCUCGGAAUGUUAUCUCUUUCAAUAAGUUCAGAUGUCAGACUUCUUGUGAAUACAUUUAAAUUGAAAGCGAACAAUAUCAUGUUCAAACCUAUUCAAUGGACAUUGAUAGCAAUUAUAGUUAUUAAAAUGCUGUCUCUACGAGACAAAAGGUUGGAGUACUUGUUAGAGCAGCCAACUGCUUUCCAACAUCUUCAGUUGCUUUUACUGAGCUAUAAUCAAGAUGGUGGCUACUUAGACAGGCUUAUAUCAUGGCUGACAGACACUGAUAGAUUACUAGAUACAAAUGAUACGCAAUUAACUGUAGAAUAGCUACUAAACUAAUAUUUAUGUAUGCAAUUGUGAUAAUACCCCAUAUUAAUAAAUGUUUUAUUUAUAAUGUUUCUUUUUAGUAGUGGUUGUUCAGGAUUUUAUUAAAUCCCCUAAGGAGUCCCUAAAGU